AUGCCUCUCACUCAUUUUUAUGCCGGGAUAGCAGCCCUCGGAAAGCUGUUGCUCCAAGCAUUUACAACCACUGUCGUCUCGCUCGUCGCCUUGCUCGUCACCAUCAUCAUCUACCGCCUCGUCUUCCAUCCGCUGGCUUCCAUCCCAGGCCCCAGGCUCGCAGCCAUCUCCAGUAUUUGGCACGCAUACCACGCCCGCAAUGGACGCAUGGCGCACUUGGGGAGAACUUUGCAUCGUCGAUAUGGGCCUGUCGUCCGCGUCGGCCCAAAUGAAGUCUGGUUCAACACAAAACAGGCUUUUCAGGCUAUUUACAGCACCGGUAGCGGAUUUGAAAAGUCGGACUUUUACUUGGCCACAGCCUUGAGCAAGCCUGAACUCAACUGGCAGUUAGAUCCUCACUUUCCAGACGUUCUAGAUCUGCUUUCUGAGCGAGACAUCCAGCGUUAUCGGCUCCAGCGCCGACUGAUUGGGCCAGUCUACCAAACAUCCAACUUGAUACAGUACGAAGCCGCUAUAGACUCAGUGUUGGAGCAUUCGAUUGCGAAACUCAAGGGCUUGAAGGGUGCCGAGGUCGAACUGAACGAGUGGAUGCACAUCAUCGCCGUAGAAUGCCUAAGCGCCAUCGUCAUUUCAUGGUCUCCCGGUAUGCUCAAGAAUGGGACGGAUUGGGGAUCUGGUCCACACGCAUAUCAUAGCUGGAGGCGAAAGAGCGUGUUUGGCCUUUUCCCUACUAUGGCGAAGCUUGAGUUCUGGCACAAGACGGCUGGUCGACUCUUCAGCACGGCAUGGGGAGUAAACUUCAAGACGCCGAAGAACUUCCGCCCCUUCUUUCCAGAAGUCGGGAAGAAGAUAUCGCGACGAGUUAAUGCCGCCACGCGACCAAACCCGCCCAAAGACAACCGGAAGGAUCUCAUCGCCGACUUGAUCCAGCUGCACAAAAGCAAGCCCAGCUUCACGGACACAUAUCUCCGACGCAUGGCAAUGACAAAUUUUGGUGCUGGCCAUGAAACAAUGGCCUCGACGCUUACCUCCAUCGUCGCCAUGAUUGGAUCUCGCGAGGAUGUCCGGGCCAGAGUAACCGAAGAGGUGCUUGAGGCCACAACUGCCACAGAAUAUUCGACAGCGAUACGACUUCCUUUAACGCAAGCCCUCAUUAAAGAGACCAAACGGCUCUACCCCGUCAUAAGCAUGUCUCUACCACGCAAGGUCCCCCAAGGAGGCCUUCACGUCCACGACGCCUUCUUCCCGCCUGGCACAACCGUUGGAUGCAACCCCAUCGCACUGCAUCGCAACGCCGAGGUAUUCGGGUCUGAUUCGAACGACUUCCGCAUGGAUCGCUGGAUAGAUGCUGACCCAAGGACGGCCCGUAACAUGGAACGGUUCAGCCUCAGUUGGGGCGGUGGAUCAAGGACGUGUCCAGGUCGCCACUUGGCUGAGCUGGUGGUAUUCAAGGCCAUUCCUGCGUUGGUCAAGGCGUUUGAGAUUGAAGUGUCUAUCCCGCCAGAAGACGAGAUUCCGUCCUAUUUCUUAUCAAUGCUGACGGGCGUAAGGGCUCGCUUUAUUGAGAGACAGCCUGCUUAG